CCCUUAUUCCGUAAAUAACCACGUUUUAACGUUUCAACUUUUUCCGUUUCAAAGAUGCACGGUAACCGAUUCUUUUCUUUUGUUUUUAUAUUUCGGGGGCGUGGCAAGGUCCUGUCAGAGAGUAUAAAGUACGGAGGCUUCUAAUUGCACAACAGUUUUCUUCCUCCGUGCUCGAGGUUUCUAUUCGUUUUCGACUUUCUCUCUCUCUCUCCUCCCCAGGGCUUAUUCUCUUUUUACACACACACCCAUGUCCAUCUUCGCUCGCCCAGAAUCUCCUCCUCCACGAGCACCUUCGCCAGACUACUGUGCAGGCUUCAAUCCUCUGCCGAUACGUUCAAAAAAGUCACAGGCGUCGAUGCGUCCGAUGAGCUGCGACAGCGACGUGUCGAAGCAGAAACCGGUUCUUCGCAGUGUCCAUAGCCUCGACACGGCGUACAAUUCAUCAGACGCGACUCAUUUCGCUAAUAAUCCACAAUUGCUCGGCCACGAUCUUUCUAGACGGCCAUCGAAAGGCAUCCUAAAAGCUUCGCCUCCUCCGAGUCCAUCCUUCGCUUCGAUUUCAUCGCGUUCAUCCACCAGCUCUUCCAGAGGUCUGGUCCAUAGCCGCUCUCUCCAGCUUGCUGUCCCAUACCGCUCGCCGCCGGCCAGUCCCAUUCUUGCUGCUCCGCCUCCACCAGUACCUCCGAUACCUGCUCUCAUCCUCCCCGAUGCCGAGGAGAACGAUGAAGAGAAGAACGAAGAGAAGAAAAAGAAAAAGGACGCAAUUGAAGAAAAAUCGCGCAAACGAAGGCACUCGAGAGCGGGAGGUGAGGCCAAGAGUCUGACUUCUCGCCUCUUUUCCCUGUGUACAUCUCGACGAAACGUUGCUGUUUGUUGAGCUUAGAAGAGCUAGACUCUUUGCUCCCAGGGAGUCACAGUGUCGCUGCCGUCGCCUGCACCUGUGAUAUUCCUGUUUCUUGAUGAUUUCAUGCUCAUUAUCGCUCGGCUAGUCCCCGAGUGUAUGUAUGUGUAUGCUUCUUGUACAUCCUGUACCCCCCCAGUUGUUGUAUAAAAACCCAAAGGACUUACUCCCAUUCAUUCAUUAUCCUUACUCUCGUUCUAAUUCGUAUCAUUCUUUUCGUAUAAUCCUAAUUUCGUAGAGUUAUACUUAUGAAACACAUAAUUCUGCACUGCGUUCCUUGCUAUCAUCUUGCUGCAGUCUUUGUACUUGGUAUAUCUCAGUUACAUACGUACGUAUACAUAUUGCUCUGUACAGUACUUUGCGCCCGAGUCUGCACUCAGUUACAUUGAAACUGUAAUCAGAUGCGAUUGCCUGAUAGACUCCCUUGAACAUCGGGGCCAAGG